AUUUUUAAUCUAUUGGGCUUGUUUCGAGACACCAAUACUCGGCCCGUCCACAUCUUCAAGAAACAGAGACAGAAGCUCUUCAUCACUGACCGCCAUGGCAUCCAGGUUUCUCCCACUGAGAAGGCUCUCCAGGCUUCUUCACAAGCCCCCAUCUUCAAAUUCCAGACCAUCCUCCUAUCUUCUUCUAGAAGCUUCCAUAUCUCUCCACCUCUCCGACACCAGCCAUGGACCUCUCCAUUCUUCUGCUUCCAGAAUCUUCUGUACUUCUCCCCCUCUGAAUCUCAAUGAAGGCCCCGCCGCCAUCGAUUACAGUUCAUUACUGCAGGAGGAUGAGUUUCAUAAGCUAGCUGAUUCUACAAUACAUGAUCUCCAAGAGAAAUUUGAGGAAUAUGGAGAUAGUGUUCAAGUUGAUGGCUUUGACAUAGACUAUGGGAAUGAGGUAUUGACCGUAAAGCUUGGGGAUUUGGGUACCUAUGUUUUGAACAAACAAACACCAAAUAGACAAAUUUGGUUGUCUUCCCCAGUAAGUGGUCCUUUCCGAUUUGAUUGGGAUCUGGAUGCUGAAGCUUGGAUAUACAGAAGGACAAAAGUUAAGUUAUUGACACUUCUAGAAACUGAGAUGGAGCAAUUGUGUGGUGAACCCAUCAGCCUUUCAUAAGCUCUGCUAAAGCUUAGUACAUGUUACAUAGUUUUUGUUGGAAACUUGUUUCAGCAUGGGUAAAUUUUCUGUAACAGUGUGUUAGUAAGAUACUAAGAUUUAGGUACUUUAGUGUUAAUUUUUGUAAGAAUUGUUUCAUUCUUUUUAUGGUUAUCUUUUCAUGAAUAAAGCAAAUGAGAGC